AUGGAGACGGUCAGUGGAACCCCCGAGAAUGACGUCGUUAGGAUUGGAGUUGCAAGCGCCUUCCUCCACCUUUACUGUAUUUCCUCAUAUAAUACAGUCAAUGAGUCAAGUAAAUCGUCUUUGUGUUGCACAGGGUACGGCAACCUGACGCCGCGCACCGAGUGGGGGAAGGUCGCCACCAUCCUGUACGCCAUCGUGGGCAUGCCGCUCAUGCUGCUCUACAUGUCCAACGUGGGGGAAAUCCUCGCUCACAUAUUUAAAUUUAUUUACUUCAGAGUCUGCAGCUGUGACGUGGGCUCCCUGGGCUACUACCGCACCGGCAGCGGGAACAUACGCCCCGUGACAGCCAACACCGGCCGCGAGGACGAGACCAAGGAGAGCUACAAGCGGGGACAGGCGCCCCGCCGCACUGUGCCCAUCGGCUACUGUCUGACGGUGAUCGCCGUUUACGUGGCUUGUGGGGGCGCCAUCUUCUCACAGUGGGAGCGCUGGUCGCUGCUGGACGCCUGCUAUUUUUCAUAUAUUUCCCUCAGCACUAUCGGAUUUGGAGACCUGGUGCCUGGGCGGACUGUGGCGGGCAAGAAUGAAGACGAGGAGGUGGAGUCCCAGCAGAUCAUCGUCACCGUGUACCUGUUGGUCGGCAGCGCCCUGGUCGCUAUGUGCUUUAAUCUUAUGCAAGAAGAAACAAUAGAAAACUUUAAAAAGGUUUGGAGGAGGUUGGGAUGCCUCUGGAGAAGCAGCGAUAACCCAUCAGUCACCGGCGGGUAGCGGCAGGACCCCUGAUAGACGCUGUUAUCACACAUGGGUGAGCGCUCUCCGUUCUGGGGAGUGUUCCCGCCUCUCAAAUACUGCAGGGAUGUAACUAGGUCUAGGCACAACUAAUUAAAUACAUAUAUACCAUUACAAAACCA